GGGCGCCAUCGGGUGGAAUCCAUGCAGAAGUGUAAUCAAAGCCCAACAGUCAACAUUGCCGGCAACUAUUUGACUGUUGAAUUGCAAGUGUGUGACUGAUCUUGGUUGGUGAUUGGUUUUUGGAUAACACUGCGAAAAAAAAAUGUUCCGGCUGUACUUCUAUUUCAACGUGAUUUGCAUCUUCCUGGCCAUACGGAGCGCCAUCUGUGGAGAAGUUCCCGAUGCUACUGAGCAGAAAAUCAACAACUUCCUAACGUCGGGAAAGGACAGUGAGGAUCUGAGUAAACGAGCGGCGGCCAUGUGGUUCGGACCUCGGCUAGGAAAACGAACAAUCGCCACCGAGCUGCACGACGAAAUGAUGGACGAAAUCGAUGACAACCCGCUGUUCUACUCGGGAGAAUCACCUCAACGCAUAUCGUCGGAAAUAGCCCAGGGAUCUCCGUACGUCGUCCUGCUGCUAACGGGCCGUGUUCUCCGGCAACCUCAGCCCGUAUUCUACCACACCACCGCUCCGAGACUUGGCCGCCGUGACGCGUCCACCUCCAACGAGAACAACUCGCGGCCACCGUUUGCCCCACGACUCGGCCGAAACUUGCCCUUCUCGCCGAGGCUAGGAAGAUCGUUUGGAGCACCAGGCGUGCCCCUGGACGCCUUCGCCUACUAGAUGGGUGACGGCAGGGUUUAAGUGCGGUGCUACCGAAAUGUUUUCCCCCCAAAGCGGCGCAGUAGGCCGCUUCGAUUGGAGUUUAUUUAAAUUUUGUAAUUAUGGCUGGAAUUCCAAUGGGAUCCGCCUACUGCGACGGAGACUUGUAUAGAGAGUGUUCUAUGUAACUAAGAUGACUGUGCAUAACGUGAUUAAAGAAUUAACGAUAUAA